UUGCAACUGAGUUUUUAAAUGGACAUUUCGAAUCGGAUUGCCUACAAUUUGUAAAUUUGAUUAAAGAUGAAAUGAAUUCAUUUGUCUAUUUUCCUCCUUUACCCUCCUUUCUUUUACUUAUAAUUUCUCUGUGAUCUUAAUGUGCAGAUCAACAUCUUUGCAAAAGGAACUCCAGAACAAAAUAUUUCGUUUCCCCAUAUAAACUUUUUUUUGGUUCCCAUUUAGUUAAUAAAAAGUUGAAAAUUAUUCCAAUAUGGUAACAUUCUCAUUUAACAUUGACUCUCUUUUUUUUUGUCAACGAACAUUGACUCUAAGGUAGAAAAUGAUAAUAACAAUCUUUUUUGACUAGCUAUCAAAUAUUAUCAUAUAUAUAUAUAUAUAUAAUAUUCACAAGCUAUCAAUAAUCUCAUAUAUUGUGUACAGUGAGAGAGACCAAAAUAAAACAAAACAUCAAAUUAGAUAGAUCUCAAUCAUUCAUGGCCAAAUCUCUCCAGCGACCUUUUCUCCUUCUAACGGUGGCCGUUGUGCUAUUCUCAACCGUUUCGUUUUCAAACGCUAUUCCAUUUAUAGUGUUUCACGGAAUUGGAGAUCAAUGCUCAGGUGGAGUUAGUAACUUCACGCAACUCCUAAGCAGCGUCUCCGGCUCUCCUGGCUCUUGCUUAGAGAUAGGAAACGGAGAGAAAGACUCAUGGUUCAUGCCACUAGUGCAACAAGCAAGUGUAGCGUGUGAGAAAGUUAAACAGAUGAAAGAGCUGAGUCAAGGUUACAACAUUGUUGCAGAGUCUCAAGGAAACAUGGUGGCUAGAGGCCUUAUCGAGUUCUGCGACGAUGCUCCUCCUGUCGUCAACUAUGUCUCCUUAGGAGGACCUCAUGCUGGCAUCGCUGCAGUCCCCAAGUGUGGAGAUGGUCCAAAAUGUGCUAUAGCAGAGGAUAUCUUGAAGUUGGAGAUCUAUAACGACUUCGUUCAAGAUCAUAUUGCUCCUAGUGGUUAUGUCAAGAUCCCUGGUGAAAUGACGAAGUAUUUGGAACACUCUCAGUAUCUACCAAAGCUUAACAAUGAGAGACCUGACGAAAGAAACUCCACUUUCAAAGACCGUUUCACGAGCUUACAUAACUUGGUUCUUGUCAUGUUCCAGAACGACACAACACUGAUCCCCAAAGAAACUUCUUGGUUUGGAUAUUUUACAGAUGAAGGGUUUGGUACUCUUUUGUUAACUCAACAGACAAAACUAUACACAGAAGACUGGAUCGGUCUGAAAGCAUUGGAUGACGUGGGAAAAGUAAAGUUUGUGAGUGUCUCCGGGGACCACCUUAUGAUAGCGUUUCAGGACGUUGUGAAAUACGUUGCGCCUUACUUGAUGCAGAUAAGUUAGUAAUUUCUGUAACAUGCGACUCUUCUUGUCAUUUUAUGAAGUUUCAAAUAGGUUUGGUUUUUAUACAUUGUUUAAGAAAAAUUUAGCUCAUAAAAUAAUAUUUUUAAUUAGUGUCUC